AUGACCGACAGGCUAGCCAAUUCGCUCGGUCUCCCGAAGGAGAAAUGCAGCAUCCCCAUCAGCACGAUGAACAAAACGCGAAGUGCCACCAAUUAUCUAGUCAAGGCGACAAUAAGAUCAAGGCUUAACGACUUUACAAGGAUGUUGAGCUUUCUAACAGUGAUGGAUAUUGCCGGGCUAGUACCAGACGAAAGAAUCUCGCGAAAAAAUUUACAUCUACCGCUGAACAAGCCGCUUGCAGAUCCUCAGUUCGACCAGCCAGGAGAAAUAGAUAUGCUGAUAGGAUCCGGGACAACUCUCUCCACAUUAUGUGUCGGACAGGUAAAAUUAUCAAAACCAUCAGAACCAGAUUUGUACUUACAAAAUACUCGUUUGGGAUGGAUCAUCGGUGGCAACGUCUCGGAGAGAAGUGCGGUUCCAGAAUCCAGUAACGACCAUCGAUGUCUUUUGACCAAUUUGGAAAGGAUCAUGAGACAGUUUUGGGAAAUAGAAGAACCAACCAAGAAACCUCACCUUAUCGAAUCGGACUGUGAGGAACACUUUCGGCAACACGUUAUCCGCGACGACAAUGGGAGGUACGUCGUCGCUCUUCCGUUCAACAACAGGAAGUCCGAACUCGGCCAAACCCGAGCAAUGGCCGAAAAACGGCUCGCAUCCAUCGAGAGGAAACUGCGACGUGAUGCAAAUCUUCACGUACAAUACGCUGCUGUCAUUGAAGAAUAUCUCACCCUUGGGCAUAUGACACGGAAACCCGACGAGCAGAUAACCGAGGGGUAUUUUCUGCCGCACCACGCCGUCGUAAAGGAAUCCAGUCAAACUACCAAGGUGAGAGUAGUAUUUGACGGAUCAGCGAAAUCAACUACAGGAAUAUCGUUGAACGACACCCUACUAGUCGGCCCAACCAUUCAAGACGACAUCUUCUCUCUCCUUCUGAGAUUUCGCUCACAUAAUUACGUGUUAACUGGAGACAUUGAGAAGAUGUAUCGUCAGUUCCUAGUACGUGAAGAAGAUAGGGCAUAUCAACGGAUACUCUGGCGGGAUGCUGACGGUCAAAUCGCAAUUUACGAAUUGAAUACUCUUACGUUUGGUUUAUCUCCAGCUCCAUUCUUAGCAAUCCGUUGUCUCCACCAACUAGCCAAUGACGAAGGUCAACAAUUCCCACGAGCAGCUGAAGUCAUCAAAAAUGACAUGUACGUUGAUGACCUGUUAACUGGCGCAGAGACCUUCGAGGAAGCAAUCAUUUUACGAAAUGAAAUCGAUGCGUUACUCCGACGAGGCGGGCUCAACCUGAGGCAAUGGGCAUCAAACGAUAUAAAGCUGCUCGAGGGCUUACCAGCAAGUCACGUAAAUCUAAGGCUACAAUCCAAGGAGGACAGCACUAUUAAGACAUUAGGAGUGCAUUGGAAUUCGGAGCACGAUUCCAUCAUAUACACUGUUCAUCCUACUCCACUAACAGGCCGGGUAACCAAAAGGAUCAUCUUGUCAGACAUCGCGAGAGUAUUUGACCCUCUUGGGCUUCUGGGUCCCGUAAUCACGCACGCGAAACUCAUAAUGCAACGCCUCUGGUUGGAACAUUUGGAUUGGGAUGAUGCCAUACCACUUUCGAUUUAUACCGAAUGGAUAAAUUACAUAUCGCAUCUCCCGAAACUGAAUCAUCUCUCAUUCAGCCGCAAAUUCGUUCCAGCCGCAGCAGAGGACAUACAACUGCACGGUUUCUGCGACGCGAGUGAGAAGGCCUACGGCGCGUGCAUCUAUGCAAGAGCGAUCGACAAGCACAGAAGAGUGACCUCUACAUUGUUGUGCGCAAAAAGCCGCGUUGCACCACUAAAAGGUGUGGGGACCAGCAAGCUUAGAAGUGGUGAAGGAGAUCGAGAGCAUGUGGAACACGCAACGAUUCCACGCCUGGAGUUAUGCGCAGCGCAGCUCCUGGCCAAACUUUACGCAACUGUGCGUCACGCCACGAGGUUGGAGCCAAACAAGGUGAUCUUCUGGAGCGACUCUACCAUCGCACUUCACUGGAUCAGAACAUCACCACAUCAGCUACAGCCGUUUGUCGCCAAUCGCGUUUCCGACAUUCAGAAACGCACCAAUAUAGAUGACUGGAGACAU